GGUGGCCACCUUUUUCGGGGCUGGCCGUGUAGCUCACCCCGGGGAGGAGGAGCUGGUGCUGGUGGUGGUUCAGAAGGAGUAAGCAGCAGCAGCGGCAGCAGCGAGGAGGACAGUAUCCACGCUCCUGGGGAGAGGACGGAGCGCAGUAUGGGCUGACCGGUCGGAGAUUCGCUUUGUGUUUUUUGUUUAUUGUCUUCAAUGAUGGAUGAGCCGAAUAUCCUGAGACGCCGUGGUCUACAGAAAGAACUGAGUCUUCCUCGCAGGGGAAAUGUUUCACGUAACAACAAGAGAAGGAGUUUGGCGGUUGGGACCCCGUCGCCCACGCUCUCACGACCUCUUUCACCUCUCCCACUUACCACAGCUGGCAGCAGCCCUUCAGAAAGCCCCAGAAAUGUCUCUGCCAGCACCUCUGCCAAUUUCCAGUUUGCUCGCAGCCAACUGGCCCGCACUGAAAGAGCGGAUGGACGAAGGUGGUCUGUGGCGUCAGUUCCCUCGUCUGGAUACUGCACCAAUGCACCCAGUUCAUCAGUAUCUUCCUCUUCUUCCCAGGAGUUAUUGCACCAGUUGCCCUUUCAGCCCACACAAGAUGAUCUCCACUUCCUGUUCAAACAUUUCCGGAGCACGGAGAGUGUGGCGGAUGAAGAAGGAGCACACGCCUCGCCCCCUGUCAGGCUCCGCUCACGCAGUCUCAGCCCUGGACGGACCUGUGGAACAUUUGACAAUGAAAUUGUCAUGAUGAAUCAUGUCUACAAAGAACGCUUUCCUAAGGCGACAGCCCAGAUGGAGGGUCGGCUGCUCGACAUCAUUGCAGAGUGUUCCCCAGGCUCUGCUCUGCCCCUGGCUGAUGGUGUGCUGGGAUUUAUUCAGCACCAGCUGGUGGAGCUCGCCAGAGACUGUCUGGACAAGUCUCUGAAAGGCCUGGUCACCUCCAGGUACUUUGUGGAGCUGCAGGAGCAACUGGAGAAGCUGCUGCACGAGGCGUAUGAGCGUUCCGAGAGCGAGGAGGUGACUGUCAUCACCAAACUGGUCAAGAAGAUUCUCAUCAUCAUCUCCAGGCCCGCCAGGCUCCUGGAGUGUCUGGAGUUUGAUCCAGAGGAGUUUUACCAGCGUUUGGAGGUUGCAGAGGGUCAAGCCAAAGUCGGCCACGGCAUCAAAACUGAUAUUCCCAGAUACAUCAUCAGCCAGCUCGGCCUCACCAGGGAUCCCUUGGAAGAGAUGGUCCACCUGGAGCAGACGAGUCCAAGUCACAGAGCGGUCUGCAGAGAGUCUGAUGACACGGGAGAGGCUACAUCACAGAGCCGGACAGCCUGCACCCCUCCUCGUAGGAAACCGCUGGAGAGCGACUUUGAGACCAUCAAGCUCAUUAGCAAUGGCGCCUAUGGGACUGUGUUUCUGGUGCGCCACAAGGAAACUCGCCAACGCUUUGCCAUGAAGAAGAUCAACCGGCAGAACCUGAUGCUUAGGAAUCAAAUCCAGCAGGUGUUUGUGGAACGAGACAUCCUCACCUUUGCUGAAAACCCUUUUGUGGUUUCUAUGUUCUGCUCUUUUGAGACGCGGAGGCACCUCUGCAUGGUCAUGGAGUAUGUGGAAGGUGGGGAUUGUGCCAACCUAUUGAAGAACAUCGGUCCCCUGCCUGUGGACAUGACUCGGCUGUAUUUUGCUGAGACUGUCCUGGCUUUGGAGUACCUUCACAACUACGGCAUCGUACACAGAGACCUCAAACCCGACAAUUUGUUAAUCACCUCCAUGGGACACAUUAAGCUGACAGACUUUGGGCUGUCAAAGAUCGGUCUAAUGAACAUGACCACCAACUUGUAUGAAGGACAUAUCGAAAAGGAUACCAGGGAGUUCAUCGACAAACAGGUGUGUGGAACUCCAGAGUACAUUGCUCCAGAGGUGAUCCUGAGGCAGGGCUAUGGGAAGCCAGUAGACUGGUGGGCUAUGGGCAUCAUCCUUUAUGAGUUCUUAGUGGGCUGUGUGCCUUUCUUUGGAGACACACCAGAACAGCUCUUUGGUCAGGUAGUCAACGAUGACAUCAUCUGGCCAGACGGGGAGGACGCUCUGCCAGCUGAUGCCCAGGACCUUAUCACCAGACUGCUGAGACAGACCCCUCUGGACCGCCUGGGAACAGGUGGAACCACUGAAGUGAAGAUGCACAUGUUCUUCCUGGGUCUGGACUGGAACGGCCUCCUUAGACAGAAAGCUGAAUUCAUACCUCAACUAGAGACUGAGGAGGACACCAGUUACUUUGACACCCGAUCAGAGCGCUACUGUCACCUGGACUCAGAUGACGAUGAUGAAACCAACGAUGAUGAAUCAUCCCUGGAGCUCCGACAGUUCUCCUCUGUGGCCCACCGCUUCAGCAAGGUGUACAGCAGCACGGAGCAUCUGUCCACCUCCACGCCGUCCAACCAGAGCCUGUCGUCAUCAGAGCGAAGCCAUAGCGAGGAGAAGGAGGAGCGAUGGGAAAGCAGAGGAGUCCUCUCCCCCGGCGAUGGACACAAACAAUUGGCUAGUGGAGACAGGAGGGCAGAUGGACACAGGGGGAGUCUGCGUCCUCGUGCUUCGUCAAGCUCCUCCCAGUCAGAGCGCAGCGCCAGCCCGCUAGUGAUGAACAGCACCCAGAGCCUCGACAUCAUGCCUCGCUUCGCCAUUUCUGCCGAGGAGGAAGACGGGAUGGUUUCCAACCUGCGGCGCAUUCGGCUCCGGAGCAACAGCACAGGCACCAGGCCGUCCUUCCGAAGAGGGGCGUCCCGGCGCAUCGCCCACCAGCUGGAGACUCCGGAGAAACCCAGAUCCCCAGCUGGAAAAGUCCCCAAGUCUGCCUCCGUCUCUGGCCUGUCCCUCAUCAUCACCCCAGAUGACUCCGCUGGCCCUCCUACGAGCCCCAAAUCGUCCUUGUCCCUGUCGUCCAACCCCUCGUCCAGAGACUCGUCCCCCAGCAGGGACCUCUCUGUCAACAUCAGCUGCCUCAGGCCUCCUGUGGUCAUCCACAGCUCUGGGAAGAGGUUUGGCUUUGCGUUGCGAGCUAUCAGAGUCUACAUGGGAGACAGUGACGUCUACACUGUUCACCACAUGGUCUGGUGUGUUGAGGAAGGCAGUCCAGCACACGAGGCAGGAUUAAGAGCUGGUGACCUCAUCACUCACGUCAACGGGGAGUCGGUCCAGGGACUCGUCCACACUGAGGUGGUGGAGCUCCUGCUGAAGAGUGGCAACAGGGUGACUCUGCAGACUACUGCUCUGGAGAACACUUCUAUCAAGGUGGGCCCUGCCAGAAAAUCGAGCUACAAGGCCAAAAUGGCCCGCCGCAGCAAAAAGAGCAAGAGGAAGGACGGACAGGACAGCCGACGACGUAGCAUCUUGAAGAAGCUGUCUAAGCACACGCCGCCUCCGCCCAUGCAGAGCAGUCGUAGCUUCUCUUCUGGUUUCCACCAGUCAUCUAGCGACAGCCUCUCCGGCUCCCCCACGCAGAGUCUCUCUCCUGGGCCGUCUACGCCUUGUCGCUCUCCUGCUCCUGAUCACUCCGGAGAUUCAAGUUCCUCUCCUUGCUCCAGCUCCCCUAACUCGCCUGUUCCUCAGCCCCGUCCCAGUUCCCUACAUGUCUUGGGUCGCUACACCAAAGCUGGCCGCUGCAAGUCCACUACCAGUAUCCCUCCUUCACCGCUGGCCUGCAUCCCGCCUCCUCAGCCCCUCUCGCCUCAGUGCUCUCCAUCCUGCCUCCCCAGUCACCCCAAGUCCCUACAGGGUUUCCAUGGCAAGACAUUGUCCCCUCCCACUAUCACCCGCCACUCUGUGCGUCCCCGCAGUGCAGAACCGCCACGCUCACCGCUGCUCAAGAGGGUGCAGUCAGCAGAGAAGCUGACAGGAGACAAAACGGGGGGAUACCAUGCAGAGAGGAAGGCCUACAGCACCCGCCGCCACACCAUGGAGGUGCCUCUGUCUGAGGGGGAGGGGCUGGAGGACAUGGAGGGGGACACCGCCACCGGGUUCGUCUGUGUGGGUGAGCACGGCCGUCAGGGUCUUUACAUAGGAGGGCAGAGAGGCUACCAGGACACAGCCAGCGGAGGCAGUGAGCACUACCGCGCUUCUGCCUCACCGCAGCACCGCGGCAGCAACCACCACUCCAAUGAGGUUGUGGUGAUGAGGAAGCUGGCGCUGUCUGAGCGAAGGGACUCCUUCAAGAAACAGGAAGCUGUGCAGGAAGUGAGUUUUGAUGAUUUGGAGGAGAGAGAGGCGACCCCGAGCCCAAUGCUUCCUGUCACGCAGCCGAAGGCAUUCAAGGCGUCCUGGAUCAACUCGGACAAGUCUGAAUCCGCUGGAAAGCUGGAAGGAAGAGGAUCACAGGGUACAACAACACCACCGCAGAAAACCAAGUCAAAAGACAAAGAAGGGUUUUAGUUGUAUUACUUUGCCAGGGAUAACAGGUCAAGAAAGAGUCUCACUGAGGAGGAGACUGAAAAGUGAAGAUGAGUCCUUUGACCUGCUACUGUAACUUACAUUUGAAGGCCUUGCAUGUGUCCAGAAAACUGUGACCAAGUCCCAAAUCAUCACAAGCAACUGCUUGAAGACGGAAGAGCAAAUGAACAUCCAUGUUUCUCAGUAAUAUAUGCAUCCUGCAACACUGUUAACAGAAUAAUGACUGCCAAACUAUGUUCACUUCCUAGUUGCUUGUUUUCUCUCUUGGUUCUCAAAUCACUGUGGCACCUGUAACUGAUGUAUUUUGUAAAUACCUUUUGUUUUAAAUGAAGAAAACUUAUUUAUGAAUUUGUAUGCUCAUCGUUUUUUUUUUUGGGUUGCUGAAAAUGCCAUGGAUGCUUCAGCUGCUCUGACACAAAAGAAAAGCCAUGCAACAACUUCUCCGUGUGGUUUUACAGUAGGUGCAGAAAAGGGCAGGUACCAUCAGUCAUAUUGUACCAUAUUUCUUUUAAUACCUCAAUGCCUGUCUAGAAUUGGGUGUUGUUUCGUGUUCAGAUUGAGUCUUUAAAACAAACUAACGGUGUUUGUCCUGUGACAUAUAAUGUACUAUAGAAUUUCAGAAGAACUUCUUCGCUGCCUCAUACAGAUUGUGGUGGCGACCAUUUGGACUCAUCAAUCCUGAACACAGGCCUUGUAUAAACAUUUUUAAAGGACAAAAAUGUCAACAUCUCAAUGCUCUGAAGCCUAGCUGUGGUGCCAAAGCAUGGCUUAGCCAUAGGAACCAUUUAAAAAGAGGUACUGUAGUUGUACAUAAGAAGCUUCAUGCAUGCAUGGGCUCUACUUCCACUUCCUGUCUGUCCUGUAAAAAAACAAAGUGUGUCACUCUUCUAGCGCUGGUUUAAAUCAUAACCUGAUCAACAUACAGGUGUGUAGAUAAAGCUUUGUGACUACCUUCAGAAACCAGGCUGUAGUCUCUGUCCCCCUUGUUGAAUCAAGCCUCCGUCCAGCUCCUCUUCACAAACCUAGUCUAGCUUAAGUGUUUGCACAAGUUGUCAUAGCCGUAUAACAGUUAGAGCACAUUUAUAUUUCAGGACGAUUUCCUUCUCCGUAGGAUUAACAAAUUAUACAGUGGAUGCCACAAACAAAGCUGGCUCUCUUGGCUGUUUUUUUUUAUUUUUUAUUAAUGCGUGUCAUGAAUGAAUGUUUACAUUUUAGUGCAAAUAUGUGUGUGGUCAUGGUUUUUUGUUAAAUUAUUAAGAAAAAAAUGAAUGACAGGAAAUUCAACCAGAGGCCCUGAGUGGAUGAAGGAAUGAGUAGAGGGGAUCUCCUUUUGUAUAUUUUGAUAAGGAAACAGUCUUGUUGCAGUACUAAUAACCUAUGCUGUUGAUGUGUAUUGUAUAAACAAUGGUGGACCUUAUAACAGCUGUUGAUGGUGUUUUUUGAAAGUGACCUUGUAAGGGUAAAUGGACUCAGAUACAUUGUGUAAUGUCACUUAUAUAUGGCAGGGUCUUAAUCUUAUGUUGCGAUCAGCCUCAAAGGAUUGUGCAUGCUUCACAUCCCAGUAUAAUAUUCCCACAAUUAAAAUAUGUUUUUUCUCUUUUACUAAAAUGUGAUGCUCAGUCCCUGAUUUGAGAUGUAAAAUUAGAGUUUUGUUAAGAGAUGUGAACAUAUAGCAUUUGGUUAUCAGCUUCUAUUAUUUUCUAUUUUGUUCCUAUUUUGAAUCAUUUUUUUAAAUUGUUUUCAUUCAUUCUGAUCAGCAACCAAAAGCUGCUUUCAAUCUUAUUUCAAAUUAAUUUGUUACCAAGAUGAAACUUGUCCUGUUUUCUAUGUUUUAUGAAGACACACAUCUGUAUUUUGCAGAGAUGAGGGAACUGUUGAUGUGGGAAUUUAUAAUGGAUGUUUAGCACAUACUAAGCCUUGAACGGUGCUUAUAGAUUGUGGGGGUUCAAAUUAGACGUUUUAAAAGUUUGCUCGUUGUACUUUGGGGGAAAAAAAAACUGUCUGUAGGAUUUAUCACUGAAUAUCUGAUGCAAUAUACAUCUUGGUAUGCUCUUAAGAUUUGAUCUUUUUUUUUGUAACCCACUAAGCUGUCAUAGUAUCUCUUGACCUUCAGUUAAGUAUCAUCAUGUUAUACUUUUCUGAAUCAAGACCUCAUUUUGUGGAGAUAUCAGCAGCAGUCCAUGUUUGCUGUUUGGCAUCACGCAUCGAAAUGAAGCUCCAGUGUGUGUUUGUGAUGAACUCAGUUUUCACAAGGGGUCUCAACUGUCAUUCACCAUCAUUUCCACACUUAUUUUAGUGUGUUUGUGUGUUGAAAGUUGUUGCUCUCCAUUCAACCCCUUGUCCCUAAAUGACAAACUGGCCUUUAUGAAAUUCCUACCAUGUGGGGUAUCUGAUGCAGACUCGUGUGACAUUGUUUUUUUAUUGUCUUAACAGUGCUUGAAAUAAAUGCAUUGCAAAAGGACUACAAGUCCAGGACUACAAA